ACCUCUGUAGGGAUCCAUCCCAUAAUGUUGUCAGACCCUGAGAAUAAUAAUCUGAAGCUGUCUGAGACAAAAUAUUGCCAAAAAGGCGAGCUGUAACAUGAGGAGUAUCGAACAGGAAACAAUGGAGACAUUGAAAUGAAAAGAUGCUCAUUGGUCCUUUUUAGGAUUAAACUGAACGUUGUUUCCUUGAUUCUGGCUCAGAAAGACGGCAGCGCUCGGCUCGGGCUGCUGGAGUUUCAGGUUCUCUGGAACAGGAUCCGCAAGUGGCUGGGCAUCUUCCGAGAGUUCGACCUGGAUAAAUCUGGAUGUAUGAGCUCCUACGAGCUGCGUCUGGCGCUGGAGAACGGAGGGUUCAGACUGAACAACAAGCUGUAUCAGACUCUUGUUGCUCGCUACGCCGACAACGACAUCAUCGACUUUGACAAUUUCACCUGCUGCCUCGUCAAACUGGAGGCCAUGUUCAGUAGGUCCACGAUGCAUUCAGGGUCCUGUGUUCAGUAGGUCCACGAUGCAUUCAGGGUCCCGUGUUCAGUAGGUCCACG